AUGCGUGCAGCCGCGGAAUCUGCCUUUCACACCUCACCAGCAGGUGAUUCGUCACCUGUUGUUGUGAAUCGUCCGCGUGGUGAGUCACCACGUGCGAUUGGUACAUCCGCUGCGUCUGCAGCGGGUACCACGAGUCGUAAUCGAGAUGAGCCUGAAAUAGAGCUCAUCUAUUCUGGCGAGUCGGAUGAUGCAUCCGACUCGAAGGCGACACCUCGCGCCUCUGGGUCACCCGGGGUGGACACUGCAAGAGCCAGGUUGACUGGCUCUGGUUAA